AAUGGUGCUGAGUAUAUUCGUGUAAAAUAAGGUCAUUUUUAAAUUAUUUAAAUUAUUUUACAGGCCUGUGACCACAAAAUAAGGAUAACUUGCGUUAAUCCCAGUUACGGGGGAAGUUCUCAUGACUCUGUUGUGUGGUCAAUGAGUAAAGAGAGAGCUUUUAUGGAAGAACAAUUUAGACAUGGGGAUAGCAGCAAGAUUCUCGGUGACGCUGGUUAUGCCUUAGAGCCAUGGAUGAUGACACCGUACAGGGCAGCUGCAAGUGGAAGUCGUGAAGUGAAUUUAAACACAGUUCACUCCAAGUGUCGAAACGUAAUUGAACGAUGUUUUGGCCUGCUGAAGAGAAGGUUUAGAUGCAUUUUGCAAUCUAGACAGUUGCAUUAUCGUCCGGAGAAGGCUGCACGCAUUGUAAAUGUAUGUGCUACGUUGCACAAUGUGUGUAUAAAAUUUAAUACCCCGUUGGAUGAAGAAUUUCAAUCACAAGUCAUGGAUGAUGUCUCAGACUUAGUUUCCACAUCUGAAGCAAAUAAUUAUUCCAAUAUUUCAAAACAAAUAAGAAAUCGAAUAAAAGAUAGCUUGUAAAUAAAGUAAAAAUAUUUGUUUAUUAAUUAAAAAAAAUCACAUUCGAUGUUUUAAAGUAUAUAGGUAUCCUAAUUAAAAAUAAAAUAAAAAUAAAAACGCAAUUCAAUUGCUAAAAAAAACAACAUUCUGGUUGUUCAUCACCUUUGACAUUUUGACUAGAAAUGCUUCGAUUAGGACUUGAAUCCUCAUUGGAGUGAUAUGCACUCGUGUCCAUUUGUUCGGGACGAUUUUCCUCCUGGCACCCAUAUGAAGACACAUUCAUCCCAGUCUCACAUGCCUUCAAAUCAAGAAGCUUUAUUAUGUCUUCUUCAAGGGGAGAGAACGCGUGUUGAGUAUUUGGCCCAUCACCUGUUCCACGGAUGCAUUUGGUGUUGUGACGAAGUUUUCUUCUUAUGUUGUAUUUGAAAUCCUU